GUGCUUCGACUAUCAUGGACUAUACAGCCAUCAGCGUGAUCAAGCAGAUUACAAACAAUUACAAGCUGAAGGGGAAAUCGAUCACUUUCCAAACGGUGAACGAGAGUAGCGUGAAGCUCAUCGAGAAGGCGAAUCAUUUCGCGAAAGACAUCGACUAUCUCUGGCGGGGGCCACGCGCGCCCUCGAGCUGGACGACGUGCAGCUCCAGGACGUCGCCGCGGGUUUCCAGGCCGACCCCAUGGCCCAGGCAGGCGGGGCCAUCGACGCCCUCGCGCGACAGUGGAGCGAAGGCGCGGGCGAGCUCACCGGAUUCUACCGCAC